AUGUGGGCCGGAGGACUCCCGAUCGCCGUGAUCGCAACUCUCCUGGCUGUCGCGAUCGACGUGAAGGCCAACGGCGAGUACUGCCACGGAUGGCACGACGCCCAGGGAGCGUGGAAGGAAGGAUUCCAGUGCCCGGAGAAGAUAGACGGCGUGGAUGCCAUCAUUUGCUGCGGGAAGUGCGAGUUGAGAUACUGCUGCUCCAGCACGGACGCAAGGCUGGACCAGGGCAGCUGCGACAACGACAGGCGAGCCCUCGAACCCGGCGCCGAGGGAAAGGAGAGCAAGGAAUCCGAUGCAGUCCCCAUCUACGUCCCCUUCCUGAUUGUGGGUUCCGUCUUUGUGGCCUUCAUCCUAGUAGGCUCGGUUGUGGCCAUGUGUUGCUGUCGCUGCCUGCGCCCCAAGCGGGAGCCAUCGGCGGGAUCGGGCGGCGGAAGCGGUCGCCCCCUGGAAACCAUCCCCAUGAUGUCCGGCACCUCCAGGGGAUCGUCGUCGCGCCAAUCCAGCACCGCCGCCUCAUCAAGCUCCUCCGCCCCGUCUGCUAACCCCCGGCCGGGACCCGCCGCACCCACCCCCAUGGUCCGGGCGCAGGCCUCUUGCUGUCUGCCGCCCGACGCUAGCGUUUUCGUUAACAUGCCCACCAACUUCUCCGUUCUCAACUGCCAGCAGGCCACACAGAUCAUGCCUCACCAGGGGCAGUUCCUGCACCCGCAGUACAUUGGUUAUGCGCACCCAGUGGCCCCCGCUUUUAUGGACCCCACCCAAGGCGGGUACCGACCCCUUCAGUCUCCAUGUCCACCGCCUCAAGCUGGAAGCUCCAGUGUCGUCAGUGAUCAGAAAUACCCUCCAGUGACAGUGUGA